UGGCCAUUGAAUAGUCGCCUAUUUUAAUCAGGCAUUACAGCGCGUGUUCAUCGUAUUAGCGACUAGAUCAUCCCCCGAGGUCAAGUGAUUUAACCGCGCCUCGAUCACCAAAUACCUCAGUCCCCGAAACCUUAGGCUCAAGCCAGAAUAUCCCACCUAAUAUCGUACCAUACAUUUCCCAUGCAUUAAACUCCUUCAAAUCACAUCAACAUACGCUAUCUCGAGGCCACGAAAUAAAAAAGACUCAAUGGUCAAUGCUUGGCACCCCUGCAAGCCUUUAUCAUUCCCCAUACCCCCAAUCGCCACCCCUGACUAGUACACCUUCGAGAACAUUUCGACGGGCGGCAGAUUUUUUCCCGUCAAUUCAGCCAAGCCAUUUUUGCAAAUUUUUCGGAUGCGACAUGUAUGACACUCGUGCGAUAACAGCCACGGAUCCGACUUGGCAGAGAAAUGCCGGUCACAAGCCCGUACCUAUUCCCGUCUCAACCUCAGUCUCUACGGUACUUGACAUUCAGUGUCUGCCGACUGCUCCGCAUUCUCAACAAUUCUCGUACGUAAAGGAACCCAUCCUCUCCUCAACUUAAUCUCUCCCCUUUGCGGAGUAAUCUCUGGGGACACAAACCCCGUCCGUCUAUUACCAAAUUUUCAUCAUCGCAGCCAGGACGGAGAGUUUUAUUGACUAAUGCAAACAUGGCUGCAGCCAAGCAAGAGGCUCUGUUGCGAUCCACUUUAUGUAAUCGAAAGGUUUUGGUGAUCCACUGUAGGCGCGACACUGCACACGAGCUCGAGCCUCAUGACACGGAGUUUCGGCACCGCGAGAAGCUUUUUGAGAAACGAGUCCGUUUGAGGAGUCUGGGGUCUGGGGUAUUAGGUUCUGGUGAGGGAAUUCAAGAUGUAAGAGAAACAAGGUUCGUGGGCUAUGGUUCAGAUUCGUAGGUCGCCUCCGAAGAAUGGUGGGACUAUCUCGACCCACUGGUAACUACAAAGAUCGGCCUCAUUCUCGGUCUCUGCUUAUCUGGUCUUUAUAAUAGACCUGUAUUCCCUCUCUGCUCUGGUCCUCUCCUCAUACUCUCUAUACUCAUCUUGGCACUAGAUCUCACUUACCUAUACACUUACACUACAUACACUUAUACACAUAUACUUACAUCACUUACACUACAUACACAUACAUACACACAUCAUGGACCAAAUCAACACAGCCCAAACGGCUCCAACAGAAACAAAAAAGAGCCGUCGAGAAUCAGUACCAGACAUGUUUGACACACGAACCGGCGAAGUCGCCGAGAUCAACGACAUGGAGAAGCAAAAGGCCGCUGAAGGCAACGCACACUUCCACCGUCUCGGAUGGAAGCGAUUGACAGUCGUCUUGAUCGUCGAGGCCAUUGCUCUCGGAUGUCUAUCUCUCCCUUCUGCCUUUGCCACUCUCGGCAUGGUCGCUGGUGUCAUUCUCACUGUCGGCCUUGGUUUCGUCGCCAUCUACACAUCGCACGUCGUUGGACAGGUCAAGCUUGCUUUUCCCGAGGUUUCUCAUUAUGCCGAUGCUGGUAGACUCAUGUUUGGCAAGUUUGGUUACGAGGUUAGUCAAGCCCCGAUGCCCAAUUGAUGUAUACUAACUUGAACAGUUGGUUGGCGUUAUGUUUGCUCUUCAGCUCAUCUUCCUCGUCGGAUCUCACUGUCUCACUGGAACAAUCGCCUUCCUGAACCUUACCAACAAUGGAGCAUGCUCUGUCGUCUUUGGUGUCGUCUCUGCCAUCAUCCUCCUCAUCGUCGCUAUUCCUCCUUCAUUCGCAGAGGUUGCUAUCCUUGGUUACAUCGACUUCGUCUCCAUUUCUAUCGCUGUCGCCAUCACAAUCAUCGCAACCGGCGUCCAAGCCGGCGACUCAGUAGGCGGCAUGUCCUCUGUCGACUGGUCUGCUUGGCCCAAGGACAACCUCAGCUUCACCGACGCUUUCAUCGCCAUCACCAACAUCGUCUUCGCCUACUCGUUUGCUGUGUGCCAGUUCAGCUUCAUGGAUGAGAUGCAUACUCCUCGUGACUAUGUCAAGUCAAUCUGGGCUCUUGGUCUGAUCGAGAUUGGUAUCUAUACCCUUACUGGCGCUCUCAUUUAUGCCUUUGUCGGUUCAGAGGUCAAGUCGCCUGCUCUUCUGUCUGCUGGUUCUACCAUCUCCAAGAUCGCCUUUGGUGUCGCUCUUCCCGUCAUCUUCAUCUCUGGAUCUAUCAACACCACAGUUGUCGCUCGUUACAUCCACGGACGUAUGUUCAAGAACUCAAUCAUCCGCUACAUCAACACCAAGAUGGGCUGGAUCACUUGGCUGGUCCUUGUCACUGUCAUCACGGUUGUGGCUUUCAUCAUUGCCGAGGCCAUUCCCUUCUUCAAUGAUCUCUUGUCCAUUUCUUCGUCUCUGUUCAUUUCGGGCUUCACAUUUUACUUCCCCUCUAUUAUGUGGUUCAUGCUCAUCCGAAAGGGACCUUGGCACUCAAAGGAGAACCUCCUUCUUUCCAUUGCCAAUGGACUCAUUUUCAUUAUCGGCAUGAUUGUUCUCGUUGGUGGAACAUAUGCUUCAAUUGAUGACAUUAUCCUCAAGUUCCGUCACGGCGAAGUCCGAGGUGUCUUUACUUGUGAACCAAUUGCUUAAGCGAAGUUAGCGAUAGUAUAAAUUAUGAAUAGUACAAUAUUAUGACUCAAUGUUAUCGGACUGCGGAGUUGCCGGAAUUGGAUCGUCGUGAUCAAAUUUUCCUGAAAGUCAGAUGUUACGUCACUUGAUCUGGAUUGUCAAUUCCUGCGACGGACCGUGAUUGGUGCGCAAAUGUAAUCGUUCGAUUGGCCAAUGGACGAUAAGAUAAGUCUCGGCGAAAGAUCCUUGAUGCCGAGUCUUGGCGUCAUCUAUUUAGACUCAGUCACGAGCGAAUUGUGAUGUCUGAUCAAGCCAUCUCCAUCCGAAGACAUCGGAGUAAAGUCAGCAGUUUAUCACGAUAUCAGUUGUGGUGGUAGGUCAGGCACGAUUGAAGUCAAACAAACAAUUAAUUCAUGCUAUUUAAACACCCCGAUCCUGGCAAUACUUGUCAACCUCCUUCUUCAACUGAGCCUUUUUGGUAACAACAUUAUCCAUAAUCUUCUUGACCAGGAUAUAAUCCUCAUGAGUCAAAGAUCCUCCACCACUCCAGACUCCCUCCUCCAACACAGCCCAGAGACCAGAUCCCUUUGCAACCUCCUCCAUCAGAUCCAUGACAGCAGUGAGCUGGUUAGGAAGCCAAGUAAUGAUAGGACUUCCACCUGUGGCUGUAGGAUGAAGAGUAUGCUUGAUGAUGUACUCGCGGGUAAACAUCCAGUGUCGCCAUCGGAAGCUUCGAAUGUGAUCAAGGACGCGAAGGUAUAGAACCGCAAGACCGUGAUCGCCGGAUUUUGCGAGGAAAUCACGGACACCGACUUCGGAAGCUGUUUCGCGGACAUACUUGAGGAAUGCGCGGUGAGGCUUGGGUCGAUACUCUCUGAACUCGAUGAGGAUGUCGGUCAACGGGUUCUUGGGCAUGGGGAUCUCGCAGAUGUGAUCCAAGAGAGGAAUGAUGGCAUCGUUGGCACCGGAUUCUCCACGGAAGAAUUGAGGCUUGUCGCCGUAUUGUCCCUCGUAGACAACACCAUCAGGGAACAUGGACUGCUUGGUGAUGCCGUAGAUAAAGGUUCGGUAGGUCAUGUAGUCCUUGGGCAGGGAUUGACUCCACAUGCCCUCCAUGUUUGUCUCAAUGAUCUGCAUGGCAUUGAGGAUGAGUUCCAAGCUAGCCUUGGCCUCGGCGAUCUUGGCAGUGCUGUUGUCCUUCUCAACAGCGGCCAGCAGAUCAACAGCGCCUUCAAUCAGGCCGCCAGUCUGAGCGACCAUGUGAAUGUGAGUGAGGAUGAAGCCGGCCUCAGAAGACUUAGGGUCAAGACCCUUUUCGAAAGCGCGGAUGAGGCGGAUGUUGUCGUAGUCGUCGUGCCCUUGCUCGGGAUGAACGAGCCAGUAGUUGUAGAGGGCAUAGGAGGCGGCGUAAGACAUGAAGGCAGGGAUGUCGAGACUAGGGGUCGGGUCAGCGAGGUCAAUUGAUUCAGUGGUAGACUUACAUCUCGGCACACUUGACAAGAGGUCCAGCAAUGCACUUGGGAAGUGUCUGACGUCCAAGUCCAUAACCGCCAUCAUCGCUCUUGCUAUAAGUCUCCCAACAAGGUUCAAGGAGAUAAGAAGAAGCAAUGAAGCUAUAAUCUCUAAAAGCAGCAGUAAUAGCAGCCAUAUCUCUCUUGUCCGUCCCAGGAACGACGAGAUUAUCAAUCUCAGAAGUCAAAUCAGGAAGAGCUCCACUGUCAAUAAGAGGUCCAAGAGCAAAUGUCGCCAACAAUCCUGGAGUACCAUCUUCCUUGAGGAUAGGAAUGUCGUUAAGAAGGUUUGAAACAGGAUCGAAUUGAGAAGGGAGUUUCUUCAAAGGAAGUGAAAAAGGAAGAUAUCCUGUUCGAGUUGUGAUGGUGAAAGGGUCCUCACCCUCUGGUAGCUCAGAGGGAUCCUUUCGGAGGUAUGGGAAGAGGGUGUUUGCAGCAGACAUUUUGUGAUGAGUUGAAUUGAUGAUUGAUGAUGAGUCUGGCAGACAUCGCGUCUAUAUACAUUGAGGCCGGAAUUACUAUCGUGGCCGGAAGACUUCCGGCCUUCGCCCUUUGUGAACAAUGACAGGCAACCGAUGAUACCCUAACCGGUCGUUAGCCCGAUGGCUUGAUAGCUGCCAAUCUAAGAGAUAGUAUUGAUAAUGGUCUCGUGGGGAUUCCGAACUAACGGUACGCCCGGAGUUGGGCCCGUGUUGAAUCCACAUACCCCGCGAUAUCUAGAUCCCUUCUAGAACUAUUGACCAGGAGUGCUUACGACUCGUACGCCAGGUUCACCGCAACUUUGCUAUCUCUUACACAAUAAUAACCCCAACAAGCCCAUGAAAGAAUUC